AUGGCCCUCCUGGCUCACACUGUGGCACUGCUGGCAAUGACUGUGGCCACGGUGGCCCUCAAGGUGGUUCCCCUGGACAUGGCCCGGGACUCCUUCGAUGACCAGUAUCGGGGCUGUGGCCAUGCCAUGACCACGGCGUUGCCGUCUCUGUACUACUUUGAGUCCCAGGUGAAUCCUCUCUUUGCCCAGACAUGGGUGAAGGCCGAGGCUGAGUGGCGCAAGAGGGGCUCCCCUGUCUCCCCUCUGGUGUCUCCAGCCCAGGCCAUCGCUCUCAUGGCCUACACAACGAAGGACAUUUACAAGGACUUCAACACGGCUGUGCGCGCGGCUGGGCGCUCCCACCAGGAAUAUCGGAACAACUUCCACUUCAAAACGCUGCAUUUCCUGCUGCUCUGGGAGUGUUUCCUAUACCGGGACAACUUCCACUUCAAAACGAUGCAUUUCCUGCUGACCGAUGCCGUGGUGACACUGAGGCACGCUCAGAACAGGCAGUGUCGCCACGUCUUCCGGGGUGUUCGUGAGGUUCAUUUCAAGACGCAGCCUGGCCAGAGGGUCCGCUUUGGUCAAUUCACAUCGACGUCACUGAGCAAAGAGAUCGCCCAGAAAUACGGAACAGACACCAUAUUCGAGGUUCACACGUGCCACGGCGUGGAUAUCCAGGCUUUUUCCUACGAUCCUAGCAACCGUGAGGUGUUGAUCCCACCCUUUGAGACCUUCAAGGUCACCAAAGUCACGCGGAACGGGAAGAAGACAAGGAUCAGUCUCCGCUCCACUGGGACCUUCAGCAAAUACAGCUGCGCGUGGCUGUGA